GACGACUCCAAUCGGUGUCCACAUAUUCAUCAAGGAAAGCAGAAUCUUGGUGGGCCUUGUACCCAAUCGAAAACUCAAAGAAAAUCUUUCGAAACGAUCCUGUCUUCUCUCACGAGGUGCGCUAGCGCAGAAACGACGCUACAACGAUGGGGCGAUACUCUACGGCAGACUUCGGAUAUGAUUUUCCGGCGAAGGCGGAGGAGACGAAAUCUCUGGUUGUCCCUGCAGCAAUUAAUGAAGAUCACGGUGGGAAUGCCAAAAACGGCGCUGUAGCAAAUUUCGUAGGGAAGCCCGAGCAGUCGGAGGAUGGUGCUGGCUACGAAUUGUACGAUGACCACCAGCGAAGGAAGCAAGAACAAAAGCAAGCCUAUCGUUACCAACCCGCCAAAAUCAACCGGGGGGGCGAAAACUUUUUUGCGGAUUCAAAAGAAUCCACGGGUGUAACCAUAAACCCAGUUGAAUGCAUCGGUGCAUUUUGCUGCUGCAUCACGGUGACAUUUAUUAUUUUUGGGGGCAUCCUAGUCUUGUUUGUCAAGUAUAGGGACUCGGAUCCAUUACUUCUGGUGGGGUCGGUUUUGCUUGUGAUUGCAGCGGGAAGUUGUUUGUGCGGUUGCACGGCAAUUUGCAUCGGAACAACCGCUGAUGACUUGAUCGAUGCGAAGGGCACCAAUGGUUCCAAAGCAGAUCCCCAUUUCCACGAAGUGCAGGUUCGGUUCCGUAGGCUGAACGAUCGUUUUCAAAAAGGAUGCAUGAACGCCGAAGACGGAUUGCUGGAUGUUCGACUCGAUGUCGUGGGGCAUAUGAAAGAGGUACGUGAGUCAAAAAUGGAAGCAUAAACUGUGCACUAUUCCAUGGCGCCAGUUCCAUCUGUACUAAUCAUUUUUCUCCCGUGAAAGGUUAAGGAAGCGCUCAACAAGGAAGCGAAGGAAAAGAAAGAAAAAGAGAAAAAGAACAGGGAGGAGUUGGAAAGGCGUGUAAAACACGAUCUCAAGGCGGGGAUGUCGGUUCAAGAUAUUCGACGGGAAUAUCGUCCGGUGAUGUUUUAUUUUGUCUUUGAUGGCGAUGUGAUGGUGUCCGAUCUCGAACUGCUCCGAAAACAAGUUUCACUCGUCGUCAAUCUUGCGAAGCCAGGACACGAUCGAUGCGUGGUUUCGAUUACGUCUCCCGGGGGAGCUGUUUCGCAGUACGGACUUGCAGCGUCCCAACUGGUGCGGAUCCGGAAAGCGGGCAUCCACCUGACUUGCUGCAUCGACACGGUUGCAGCGUCCGGUGGAUACAUGAUGGCAUCGGUUGCCGACACCAUUUGUGCCGCACCGUUUGCGGUGGUUGGUAGCAUUGGUGUCGUGACACACAUACCUAACUUCCAGCGAUUCCUGAAUGAGCACAAGGUCGACGCUUAUCUGAUGACAGCAGGCGAACACAAGCGCACCAUCGAUGUCAUCGGUGAAGUAACAGAAGAAGGGAAAGCAAAGAUGACGGAACAACUGGAUGACAUUCACAUGGCCUUCAAGGACCACGUAUCUCUUGCCAGGCCCCAGCUAAAAGACAGGAUGGAAAAGGUUGGCACCGGUGAACACUGGCUAGCGGUUCAAGCGAAGGAAAAGGGCCUCGUGGAUCAAAUCAUGACAAGUGACGAGUAUUUAGAGUCGGUUUGCGAAGAAUUCGAUAUCAUCGAGAUCCUCGAAAAGAUAUACAAACCUAAGGGGCUGUCGGGUUUGCUUGGAGAUAAUUUAACGUCAGCAGGGAAAGUGGUAAAAUCGGUGGUAGAUAGGUUUCAGCCCAGUGUUGAACCGCAACCAAUGGCAAUUGUCUAAACUGAUUUGUGAAGUUAUCUCGGGAAGUAUAGGAACUUCUUGAAUUUUGUAAAACACAGACGCGGUCAGAGCUUGUACGUCGCAUCAGAGCUUCACGCCCGUCGUUGGAUUCCAACCUUUGCAAGGAAGCAAAGAGGUCAUUGUUAGCCUAAACAAAGUGGCAUACUUCUGACUUCGACAAUGGAUGAAUCGAUCAUGGAUCAAUAGAAAAUUGAAAAAUAUGGAAAAAAGUAAACGAACAACUAUUUC